AUGAAUACGUUGAGUAGUGCCGAAUCGCUCGAAUGGGCUGCCGAAGACGAGGAUGAUAUUCACACAUCAAAGAAACGGCACCACUCACUAUCCAAAGGCGGGUUGAAGGCAUUGCGUGAAGCAACGAUAGAACAGAUAGUGAAGGGUGAUAAGGAUGUGGAGUAUGGGAUAUCUUUAUUUUUUAACAAUCGGGUGCAGGACUCGGAGAAACUCUUUGGAAGGUAUGCGGCGUUUGAUCCUCUUCAUGCGCUUGGGGCGUCCGUAAUCAGCACAAUAAAGGCGAUGCUGUCACUGGCAAAAAACGACAUGGAAAUAGCUGUGGAGAAACUGUCAUACACAAUUACCUUUGCGGAGGAGCUGAUUUCGUCGGAGAAAGCUUUUUUUGACAAAUUGGCGAAUACCUUGCGGAGGAGUGGUUCACGAAAGAGACUUUUGCCGGGCGAGUUCCGCGCCAAGGCCAUCCUUGCAGAUGCCCUUGUCCUUAGAGGCUUUAUUCUACUGCUACAGCAUAAUUCCAUUUCUGGUAUUGUAAAAGGCGGUAUGGCUCUUAAUAAAAGCUAUUCUUUAUUUAAGUCCUUGACAAACGAAUUGGACGAACGGAAGGAUGAGAAAAAAGCUAGUUCGUACGAUGACAUUGGACUGGAUAGAAACAGUGUACACAAUGCACUGACUGGUUUUGGUUGCAUUAAUGUUGUUAUCUCCAUGCUUCCGCCUCGUGUGUUGCGUAUUCUCAACUUUUUGGGCUUUACCCACGAUCGAGAACUUGGAAUGGGUCUGAUAUCUGAGUGUUGGCGAAGUCAAACGUUGAUUUCACCUCUUGCGGGCCUUUUUAUUAUGGCAGUCAACAGUUUUAUCUCCGGAUUUUGUUCCCUGACUACUCCACUGCUACUGCCUGUUGCAAACGAAACCGCAAAGGAGGCGAUUCAACGACAACUCACCGCCGACUCGCUCAUUCACCUGUGGUUGAUGGGUCGCAUUAGUCGUCUUCAUUUUAACAUGGAUGAAAGCAUUGCACUUCUUUCCAAGUGCCUUGAAGUGGCAGAUAGAGGACAGAUUGCGACAUCCAUGCCACAGUUACGGGAUUUUGCUGUAUACGAUCAGACAUGGAACUACGCUGCAUCAUUGCGUUGGGAAGACUGCAUUAAAAAUUAUGCCUCGCUAGAGGCAAACUCAGCCUGGUCAAAGAUAUUCUACGCUUACGCACAAGGCUGCGCCUACGAGAUGCUGUUAAGAAACACAGGGGAGGUAACUGAAUCUGAGGCGCUUUAUUACAGGGAAAACGCAACCGCAGCCUAUUGGCGUGCCGCACACCACAAGGUGACAGUAAUGGGUGGUAGGACUGUUACAAUUGAGUCCUUUGUUGCACACAGGUUAAAUGAUAUAUUCCGCCAGGCCGGUAUACCAUAUCCCAACCCAGGAAAUAAGGCAAAGCUUACCCUAUCAGUAUCUUCUCCUUCAAACAACGUUGUGCUUCGAAAUGUUGUGCCGUUGCCCAUGCUGGAGUUACUUGUCCUUUUUGACAUUAUGCAUCAGCUACCACUCUCCUACCUGGAGGUGUUUGUUAGGAUGAUUGAUGAUGAGCUGGGAUUCAAGGCGUCUAGUCCUUCUCAAACGCCGAGAGGCGGUGCUGAGAGUUUGAGCUACACUCAAAGCUUCUCCAUAACAAGCAGUGCCGAGUGGAAGCAACGCAGUGCCGUACUGUUGGCUAUGAAGGCGGUGAUUCUCUCUCAUGUGCCUGGCCAGGAGGAGAGUGUUUGCAGUCUUCUUCAAGAAGGCAUACGGGCGGCGCGUGAAUAUAAGGGACGGGGUUGCACGCUGUCGUGGAUUACUCCCUGGAUGUUCUAUGAGGAGGCCAGUUUGGCCUUUAAACGGGGGGACCUAAAAAAGUGUGCAGAGCUUUUGGGAAAACUUGAUGAAAUCAACGAGGAACAGGUAUUUCGUGCCAUCAUGGAAACGAAGUUGCACUUUGCAAGAUGGGUCCUACGGGAUGCAAAACUAAAGCAAAAAUAA